UUGUUUUGCAAUAUGGCAGAAAUUACUACACGCUUCGAAGUGAAUAUCUAUCGUUUUCAUAAUCGAGAGUUACCAAAUUCUCACUAGAAAAUCUGGAUAUGGCUGAAGGCGGCAGUGAGAAACUAGAUGUGUACAAGGUUUCUUUAUGUGGAAUGAGUGGAGUUGGUAAAACGUCCAUUUUUCAUCGAGUUCUUGGAAAUGGAUUCAAGGAGAAUACCUUGGAAUUUAAACACUUGCCAGAAAGCAAGGUCGAAGUCCAAGUUAAAGAGAAAACUAUCAUAAUUCACCUAUGGGACACAGCUGGAAUGGAGAGACAUAAGGCUUUGACUAGACCGCACUACCAGGGAAGUCAUGCUGUGCUCUUGGUUUAUGACUGCGAUGAAACAGAAUCCUUAUAUCAAAUUGAGACCUACUACGAAGAUGCUAAAAAGCAUACUAAUGGUGCUGCCAUGGUAUUAGUACAUAAUAAGAUUGAUCAAGAGUGUUGGAGUGUAGAAAUAGAAGAUGCUGAAAAAAUACUUUGUAAUCACAUAGAGAAAGGCUUACCUCAUUGCAAAUUUCAACAUAAGGCUGAAACAUCUGCAAAGACAGAUACUGGAAUUAGAGAGCUUAUACAGUCUGUGGCAGAAUAUUUGGUACAAAAUGCAGAACCUAGUAAUUUACAGAAUGCAUUUAAAAAGGUCAAGGUAAAGCAGAGGAACACAGAACAAAAUCCUGCACCAUCAAGUCGUUGCUGUUAGUUAUUACACAUGAAAUAUAUAUGUGUUGUUAGCCAAGUGUGGAGUCAAUAUGGCUGGAUUUUGGCAAAUUGUUUUUGCGUAAGGCCAAUUCCCUGUCAUCUGACUUAAAAAAGCUUUUUUGAUGAUGGAUUUAUCUUUCUAUUGUUCAAAAGAAUUGCAAUAUAACUUGUAAUGAAACUUUUAGUGUUUUUUAUCAUCCUUAACAUGCAUUUUAAGAUUCCCAAGCAGUAAGACCUACUGGAAAAGAUAUAUCUUGUAAAAAUAGGAGUUUUUCAGCUAUUCCAGAUUAUGUAAAUAGGCCACCAAAUUCUUUUCUUGGUGAUCAUAGUGGGUAACCCAAGCCCUUUCUGCCUGCUCUGGUAGCCAAUUAGGGAACAGAAUUCAAAGAGCCAGCCUGUUUAUUAAUUUAUUAAGCAAUGUGCAAAGCUUUUGACAGUUAGGAAAGGUUAAUAAUAGUCAGCAAUCAUUUCAACCAGAAAGAUGCCUUCUAUUUUGAUUGCAGUGGUCACAGGAACACCAAAAAUUGAGACAGACUUCCCCUCUGGUUUCCAUGUGAUUGCUGGGAUUGUCUUGCCAUUUUCAGUGUUCUCAGUGACUACAAAGAUCCUAAAAAAAGAGGCAGAAAUAUUUGAAAUGCCCCAGUUGCAGACAAAUAUGCAUUUAUUAGACAAAUGUAAUUUUACCAAGAUAAUGUCCUAACAUGAAAAUGUGCUACAUGCAAUGUAUGAGAUAUUGUGAUAAACUUCAAAUGGGACUGUGUUUUACUCUGUUUAGGAAGAAUUUAGUUGAAAUAAACUUUACAACAGUGUUUCCCCACUUAAAGAAAAGCCACUUUCUUGUGAUACAAUAUCAGAUUACAUUUGUUGUUACAACU